CGUGAAGCUAAUUUUCAAGUCUGUUGGAAUAUCUUUUGAUGAGAAAAAUGAUGGAAGGAGUAGUUGUAAAACUUCCUUCUUUUCCACUCUUAAACCCUACCAUUCCUCCUCUUUCUUCCUCAUCUCUUCCUCUUCGGCUAGGCUUCCGCCGCUUCUCUGCUUCGCUUUCCGCCGUUAAAGAAGGCUCCGUUUCAUUAGGCCACCUUAGCCGUCCCGACUUCCCCAUCCUCCACCAGGAAGUAAAUGGGUCAAAACUUGUGUACUUAGACAAUGCGGCAACCUCUCAAAAACCCACGGCAGUGUUAAAAGCUUUACAUAAUUAUUACGAAGCUUACAAUUCAAAUGUUCACAGAGGAAUUCACUACUUGAGUGCUAAAGCUACGGAUGAGUAUGAGUUGGCGCGAAAGAAAGUGGCAGCUUUUAUUAAUGCAUCGGAUUCUAGUGAGAUUGUUUUCACAAGAAAUGCUACUGAAGCUAUCAAUUUAGUGGCUUACUCUUGGGGUUUAUUAAAUUUAAAGCCUGGGGAUGAGAUUGUACUUACGAUUGCUGAACAUCAUAGUGCAAUUGUUCCAUGGCAAAUUGUGGCUCAAAAGACAGGCGCGGUUUUGAAGUUUGUGAGUUUGGAUGAGAACGAAAUUCCGAAUGUAGUAAAGCUGAGAGAGAUGAUUUCUACAAGGACGGAACUUGUAGUUGUUCAUCAUGUUUCUAACGUGCUUGGUUCUGUACUUCCAAUUGAAGAAAUUGUGCACUGGGUUCAUGAGGUUGGGGCAAAAGUGCUUGUAGAUGCUUGUCAAAGUGUUCCCCAUAUGGUUGUUGAUGUCCAAGGUCUUGAUGCUGACUUUCUUGUUGCUUCUUCUCACAAGAUGUGUGGGCCUACAGGCAUUGGAUUCUUAUUUGGCAAGAGUAAUCUCUUGUCAGCCAUGCCUCCAUUCUUAGGUGGUGGAGAAAUGAUCUCUGAUGUAUUUUUGGAUCAUUCCACAUAUGCAGAACCCCCUUCCAGAUUUGAGGCUGGAACACCUGCAAUUGGGGAAGCAAUUGGAUUAGGGGCAGCAAUUGAUUACUUGUCUGGGAUCGGCAUGCAGAAAAUUCAUGACUAUGAGAUGGAGCUGGCUAAUUAUUUAUAUGACAAACUAUGUUCUGUUCCGAAUAUUCGGAUCUAUGGCCCAAAGCCUGCAGAAACUGUUUAUCGUGCUGCUCUCUGUUCUUUUAAUGUUGAGAAUAUUCAUCCCACAGAUCUUGCAACUUUUCUGGAUCAACAGCAUGGAGUGGCUAUCAGAUCAGGUCACCAUUGUGCGCAACCUCUCCAUCGCUAUCUGGGAGUGAAUGCAAGUGCACGCGCCAGCCUUCACUUCUACAACACUGAAGAAGAUGUCGAUGACUUUAUCCGGGCACUCAAUGACACAGUCAGCUUCUUCAAUUCUUUCAAGUAGUACUUUUGCUUAAAUAGUGUUCCACAUAAGAUUGUGUGAACCAACCCUGUAUACUAUUUUUAAAGUUUAUGAAUAAUAUCUUUUUCAUUUUUUACACUAUUAUCUUGUGUAAGUGUUCGGUAUCUUGUGUAACAAUUCGACGGACACACAUCCAGAAAAUCAAUACUAGAAAUUCACUACAUUUUGUAUGCACAAGGGUGGAGUUCUUA